UGUCCAGGCUUCAAGACUCAGAAUUCGUAACUCACAGAGACAUGCUCAAAAUAGCUAUGGGAAUGUUCAACUUACUAGCAAAGACUCAUAAUGAAAAUUUUAGCUUGUUGACAAGCUUCCUCGAAAGCCAAGGGAUCCAGUGAGGGUAGCUUCCAGUUCGAAAAACUGACCAUCCUUGAUAGAGAGAGUCUUGGGACUGACUCAUUGGGUUCAACCUCCCACCAAGGAUUUUGGAAAACCCUCAAGAAGGAAAUAUUUCAAAAAAUUUGAAAGGAGCAAAUCUCCUUUCUGAAUCUGCAUAGCCCUGGCAAGAACAAGAAGUUCAAUGAGCCAACAAUUUCUUCAAUCAGGAAGGCCAAGGCUGCACCAGUCACAACCGAGAGUUCUCUCUCUUCAAGAUCAAUUUCGAAGGAUAAGAAGCCAGGCUCGCUUCCUAAGAGAGUUAAAUUAACCGGUCGAUGCACCGCUAAAAACAAGAGUAUUUAUGAAGAUGAGGUUAGCUCCAAACCAAAACAGGCCUGGCGUAAAAAGAAGAGCCUCCCUGGUCUUAAGAAAUACAGUAGCAAUAGCCAAAAGAGUUUCAACAGUACUGAGGUGAAGAGCCAUAGUGUCUCCCUCUCUGCUUCUAGAAAUGAACAAAAGAAGAAACAACAAACGAAAGUGGUUACACCAACGAUGAAAAAGACAAGGAUGUCAAGAGAAAUGAAAACCCCAAGUUUUGGCAACAACUCCGGCCAAGAUGAUCCCAAUUCCUUGUACAAAGACACUCUGCGUAGAGAGAAAGGAAUGGAAAUCUCAGCUGCCACUGAGAGAAAAGACCAAGAACAGGAUGAACCCUGUAAAGAGAUCGACAUUUCAAGAUUGAAGAAGUCAACAAUGCCAAGUCUUGAAAAGAAUUCCUUCGGAGCGAUCGAGAGCUCCAUCGCAAAUGAGGAAAGUCUGAUCCAAUAUGCCAGUAUUAUGGGUCAUAAGAAGCGGAUUCAGGGAAUCAAGAAGAGGAGUCUUUGAAAUUCCAAAAAUAUCUCAAACCACUUCAUAAAGCCAAGGUCAAGCAUUAGAAACCAGCAGAAGCUGGUUUCAGAAGCAAACUCUAAAACUUUUGAAGAUAAUCGUAAUUUUGAACAGUUUGAAACUAGCAAACUUCCUAAGAUAAACUUUGAAGAAAGAGGGCUCCCUCAGAAUCACAGUGCAGAACGAAUUGAUAGAGCUAAAGCUCAAGCAACUGCUGAAUAUUCAGCAGAGAAGGAUCGCUAUAUCAGGUAUGAACUUGCUAGUCACAGCAGUAAGAGGGAUUCGUGUCCGAAUUCCAUGAGCGAUAGUGUCAAAGGCAAAAAGGAAGACUAUGAUUACUACAUUGACAGACCUUUCAACUCUAUUGAUGAGUCAAACAAGCUGAAUAAGACAAAUACCCCAAGUUUCCACUCAGAGAAUAGCAUCAAGGUGAAGAAAAUGAUAGGUAACGAGAUCAUUCGUGAUGCAGUUUCCUCAACAGGAAAACUACAGAAAAAGCUUACUCUUAAAAAGGGUAACUGCAGGAAGGCAAAGAUCUCAGCCAUGAUCUCUAAAGAGUACAAAGAGGACCUAGUUCAAGGUUUUGAUGUUGCCAGAAAUAGGAUAGGCCAGAGUAACAGCUUUGAAGUCAAGCAUCGCAACCUCCAGUCUCUAAAUGACUCUUCUAAAGAAAUCCAUUCCUUAAGAGGGCUUCCUUCUCAAGAUAAACGAUCAAGGCAUUCCAGAUCUAGUAAGAAUGGGCUAGCUAGAAAAGACAUCCUUGGAUCAACUUAUGAGAAACAGUCCAUGAUUCUCAUUCAAAAUUCACAAGGAAUGGGCCUUCAUGCUUCAGAUAUGAGGAAUAUAAAUGCGUAUACAAACCAGAAGUGUAGGAAAUCAGAAAUUAAAGGUUACUAUAAAAAGCAGCCGAAAUAUUUCAAGAACAUGAACAUGCCAGCUUCACUGCCAAGCCACCAAACCAGCGUCCAGCCAUGGCCAUCGAAAAGAUAUAGUGCAACUCAGGAAUCAAAUACUUCUUCGAAAGAAGAUGUUCAUAGGGCAUCUUCUGAGUUGCUCAACUCAGAAGAGCUAAGGUGCUCUUCAGGAGUAGCUGUCUCCUACAAUGACAACAAUUUGCUUGAAAAAGAGCUUGAAAAUGCUGAAUCGAAUAAGGUCCAGCAGAGAAUAAUGAAUAAUAAAUACAACACGACUUCUAAUGAUGGGCUUACUCACCUCAUGCUGACUGCUGAGGACAGAGUUAGAGUGAAGAAAUACGACCCCAAAGAGGCCUUUGUCCCAGUGUAUAAAGAUAGAAUAGAAGAAGAUAAGGAUGAAGACAAUUACACCUCCAAUUUUGACUCCCCAAGCUACCAAAAAGGUAUGGUUAAGUCUGCCGUGAUGCUCCCUGGGAAGGUCCUUGACAAAAUAAUGGGCUAUUAUGGUGAUAGAAGAAUCAUGAAUUCCCUCUGUAGAGGGAUCAAGCAUAAGCUCAAGAUUCAUAAUGAUAUCGAAACCCAGAAAAUUGAGUUUCCUAAAAUAUUAAGCGAAUCUUCAGAUAAUCAAGAAAAUGAAAUAUUCAAAAUAUCCAAGUCUCUUAGAGCUGACUACGAUAGCGAGUGGUGAAGGAAUGAUUGGGAGAGUCUAGUUAAUGCAAUUCAAAACUCUGAGCUUUCUCCGAAAGACCUCAUAGUCCUGAACCUCUACUUUACAUUCAUGGGAAUAGAUCUUUCCUUUGAGAACCUACAAGCCGAGCUACUCAGAGCUUUAGAAGAGACUAGAGGAAGGUGGUAUUCAGAGUUCGACCCAGACAUCAAGUUUACUUUCAAUGAUAACAACGUAGAGAAGAUAAGAGAGCUCCUAAUAGGCCUAAAUCAUGAAAACUUUGUUUCCUCUGAGGUCUCCCAGCUAGGCAUCUUCGAUGUAUUCACUAAUAUCAUCAUUGAGGCUCUUCAAUUCUUAGAGUUUAUUCCAGGCUAAAAUAAUAGGA